CUGUCGCGCCUACGUUUCCUACUACUCACUUAUCCAAGCUGCGUUUUCGCGCUCUUUACGUGGCUUUUAUUUCAUCAAAAAUUUUGCGAAUUUUCGGGUAUAGAAGAUGGGCACGACUGAACAAACGGACGAGUCCGUCAAAAAGUUUUACGAUGAUGUCUGCUCCACGCUCAAUAUGGACCAGAUCGCUACAGAGGAGGCCUGGCACAGCUAUACCUCUACCAAGACCAAUUUUACGCUCGAGGGCGAUCAACGACACUGGCUUUGCUGCGCCCUAUUCGUUGCCUGCAGGCGAUUGAAGGAUGCCGGUCUGGAUCAGAUUGAGGGCAACGGAGUUUCUUUCAUGCAACUCCUCAAGCACUGCAACAUCAGCCUGAUGCAGUUUCUGGAGAAAGCCAAGAAGUGGGCUGAAAUGGCCAAUGUAGGUGCCGAAUUCAAGGACAGACUCAACCGAAUGGAGAGACGCUUUGCAGUUUCCAUGGUCAUCUUCAAGAAGUAUCGAUUGAUCUACAAUGACAUGUUCCACAAGCCUGAGCCCUCACCUACUGAGGGUCAAAAAGGACGCCCCAGAAAGCCAAAGAAUACUCCCUGCACUCCAGGCCAACUCUUUGACUUUACCUGGACCCUGUUCAUCAGCUCGAAGUCUGAGAUUCCAGACAUUUUGGAUGACCUGGUCAACUCCUACCAUCUCCUGUUAGUUUGCUGCAAUUUUGUCUAUGGAAAUGCAGUUCUUGCUGAUCGCAGAGAUCUCAUCAAUCCGCAGUUCAUGGGUCUGCCACACAAUUUCUUGAAGGAAGAUUACGAGCUGCCAGAGGAACCGCCCUGCAUUCUUGCUGAGCUGUGCAGGAGCCAUGAUGGAAUUCUGCAUGAAGCAGAUGGCAUCCGAAGCUACUGGUUCAACAAAUUGAUUGAUAAGCAAUUUGAACUGGAGGUUCUGAGAGGAAAUUCUCCAACCGAAGCAGGCGCUCGCUGUGGGCUGCUUGAGCCUACCUCCUUUGAAGCUAACUUCAAGGCAGUCAACAAGUCCUAUGAAGAUUUUGUCUUGAGCAAAAGUGACUUUGAUGAACGUGCUUUCUUGAGUUCUGAGGAUGAGUUUACUCUGGAGGUUGGUUCACCUUCAAAACUGUUUGAAGUCAACGAUUACGUGCAAAACCUGCGCAUCCCUGGCAUGAACUCUUUAGCUAAAAUGACACCUCUAACUGGCCACUACCUGAACAAAAUGGAGUCGAACCAGCGUGUCUCGCCAAUUUCCACCGCCAUUGAGUCUGUAAGCAAACUUCAAAUGAUGCUGCGUGGCAGGGACUCCAAGCCAAGUGCGGCACUGAUCAAAAUCUUCGAGGGGUGCCCAUCAAAUCCGCAGGCCGCCAUUGAAGCUCGCAUUGCCAGCAUGGGCGAGCAGUUCAUCUUUGCCUACACGCAGCAGACAAGAGAGAUUCCUGGCUCGCACAUCGAGUUUGCCAAAAAGCGCCUGCAGCUUGGCACCACCCUGUUCUACAUGCUGCUUGAAGUAACCACUCUAGACGAACAACAGAAGAAAGGCAGUGACAAAAUUUCGGCUGUUUUGGAAAAUGAGCUAUGCCAAAAAGCGCUGUUUGCCUGCUGUUUGGAGGUUGUGCUUUUCUCCUACAACAGCCAGCGCAAGUUUCCCUGGAUCCUAGAGGCUCUAGAGCUUGAACCUUAUUACUUCUACAAGGUGAUCGAAGUGAUGGUCAUCAACACCUUUGACAAAAUGUCGCGCGGCACAAUUAAAAAUCUGCAAUUUAUCGAAGAACAAAUCCUGGAAAGUUUGGUCUGGAAGAGAUCAAGUCCGCUGUGGAAUGAAAUCAACAAGUUCAUAGGAGUUCCUCUGCCCACCUAUGAAGAUGUCCGCCUACCUGACGACGACGGCAUUCAAACGCUCCUGAACCCAAACACUGCGCACCUUGGUUCUCCCAUGAGGAACUUGAUUACUACUCGCCCUGGACAAAGUCUUCUCACGACCUCCAGCGGUGCCAAAGUCUCUAUCAACAUAACAACAGUGCAAGGUGGUGAUGGCCAAAGAUACAUACCGAUCUCCGUCCAGAGUGGUGGCUCCGUCAUCAUUCAAGGCCAGUCUGCGAGGGACAGCCUAAAGCCAAAGGUUACUGGCCCUCUCGCCAUGUUCCUUAGAAAGUUUUACUACCUGGCCUCUACAAGACUGAAGGCGUUGUGCAAAAUGCUGAACCUGGGCGAGGAGGACCUCAAGAAGAUCUGGACCAACCUUGAGUAUUCUAUUACACAUCACGCGCACUCGCUGCUCAGAGAUCGCCACCUGGACCAACUGAUCAUGUGUGCCAUCUACGUAAUAUGCAAAGUGACCAGUCAGAACAGGGAGUUCAGGACCAUAAUGCACCACUACCGCGACCUUCCCCAGUCAGCCUCCCAUGUGUACCGCAAAGUUCUCCUUCGUCUCAGAGAGGACGGUACUGAAGAACGAGGUGAUCUCAUAGUCUUCUACAACUCUGUGUACGUUGUGCACAUGCGGCCCUUCUCUGUAAAACUCUCAGACUCAGCCAACACAUCUUCUUUGUUGCUGUCUCCGCUGCCCACUCAAAAAGCAGCACCGAUGUCGCCCAAGGUGCAGAUAAACGGUUACAGCAAAGUGUACAUUAGCGCCUUGGACAAGACAAGUUUGAUAGACUCGCCAGUGAAAGCAGCAGGAACACUGCAGUACCUGUUCAGCAGGAGCCCGAAUGAUACUCUGAAGCAGAUCAACAAGUUAGUGAGCUCGCCAGUUCCCGUUCUGGGCAAGCGCACCAUUUCUCUUGACGAUGCGGAAGCCAAUGGUACCAAUUUGGACGUUUCUCCGCCCAAGAAACCGCUCGCGGUUGUACGCAAAAUCCAGCACAUACUUGAUGACAGAUUGAGCAGGAGCCAAGAGUAAAUGAUAAAUGCAAUUAUGAUAUAUGUUUGUCAAAUAUUUGAUAAUGUAAAUGCAUAUAAUAUGUACGCACACUUAUUCAUUUUAUCAUUGGCUCUCAAGAGAAAAUUUUGAUUUAAUACUUGGCUGACCAAAGUGUCUAGACAAAUUUGGAAUGCAUACUGUUACAAAUUUGGCAGUAAAUAGAUAAACGAACGCCAGCAUGUUCAUCGUUUGUGUGGACUGUGUUUUUGGAAUAAGCAUUUUUGUGGCGCAGCUGGAGUAAAAUUUGUAAGAGGUGUCUCCUCGCUUGCCUUUUUAAAUUGGGUGGUCAGGAAGCUAAAUCAAUCUGUACAUGUUGAUUCCUUUGAUCCUAUCGCAGUAAUGACUUCACCCUAUCAUCAUUAUUGUUUUAUUAUUUCACGAUUGAACUUGUGUAAGAUUAAUAAAUAUCAAGUUUAACCACUGUAAA